CCCCAACAGACCAUUUCCAGCUGUUACAAACACCACCACCACCAUAUAGACACUACCGCCAUAAAUCUUCCUCCGUCUCACAGACCCACGAUCGAACCAUAUCACGAAAUAAAAUAAGGAGUGGAAAAAAAAGGGGGGGGGUAGCAUGUCCUCACUAUCAAUCUUAACCCGCUCAAUGCUCACCCGGAGAGUUGUGACCGCCUCACACCAGGCAAUUACAGGGCCAUUAUCAUGUCGUUUCGCCUCUACGAAGCAUACUAAGAACUUCGAACCACCCACCUCCGAUUUCCUAAUUGAACUUCGGGAACAAGUUCGGGAAUUCACUAAGCGUGAAAUCCCCGAAGAAUUCGCCGCUACGGUGGACCGCGCAAACGAAUUUCCAGAACCAAUGUGGCGCAAGCUCGGCGAAGCCGGCUUCUUGGGCAUCACUGCGGAAAAAGACUACGGCGGGCUCGAACUCGGCUACCAGGCGCACUGCGUCGUGAUGGAGGAGCUAUCCCGCGCCUCCGGCAGCAUCGGGCUCAGCUAUGCUGCACACUCGCAGCUGUGUGUGAACCAGCUCACGCUCAACGGGAGAGCCGAACAGAAGGAGAGGCUGCUGCCUGCUCUAAUUUCGGGUGAGAAGGUGGGCGCGUUAGCUAUGAGUGAGCAUUCGGCUGGUAGUGAUGUUGUCAGCAUGAAGUGCCAUGCGAAGGCGGUUGAUGGCGGGUGGGUGCUUAAUGGGACGAAGAUGUGGAUCACGAAUGCACGCAUUGCCAUUCACGGACCAGAUGCAGACGUAGUAGUAGUAUAUGCAAAAACUGACCCAGAAAAGGGAUCCAAAGGCAUAACCGCCCUCAUACUCGAGAAAGGCAUGGAGGGGUACACCUGCGCGCGGAAGCUCGACAAGUUAGGCAUGCGCGGCUCAAACACCGGAGAGCUAAUCUUCGACGACGUCUUCGUCCCCCACGCGAACCAACUCGGCCCGACGAAUAGAGGCGUGCGCGUGCUAAUGGAAGGCCUGGACCUGGAACGCCUAGUCCUGUCCGCCGGCCCACUGGGACUGAUGCAAGCAGCGCUGGACAUAACACUACCAUACGUCCACCAGCGCAAGCAAUUCGGCAUCCCAAUCGCGCACAACCAACUCAUACAGGCAAAGCUAGCGGACAUGCACACGAAGCUAUCCGCCGCGAGGGCGUACACCUUCGCGGCGGCUAGGAGGGUGGAUGAGGGCGUUAUCGAUACGAAGGACUGCGCCGGGGCGAUCUUGUUCGCGGCGGAUCGCGCGACGGAGUGUGCGCUUGAUGCUAUUCAGUGUAUGGGUGGGAAUGGCUAUGUUAAUGAGGUGCCGGCUGGGAGGCUACUGAGGGAUGCUAAGCUUUACGAAAUCGGCGCGGGAACGACGCAGAUUAGGCAUAUCGUCAUUGGAAGAGCGUUCAAUAAGGAGUAUGCUGAUCAGGUCAUUUAAAUCCUGCGCUGGAGUAGAAAGUGUACCGUUGCGUUAGAUGCCAACAAGUUACCUCCAA